CUACUCGACAAUGGCGGACGCCUGAUUUCUUUCCACUUCUUAAAUACUGCUUCAUCUCUCUCUCCUCAUUCUCCACUUCCCGGCUUCUGCGCUCUCCUCCUCGCUUCCCUUGUCUUCCCCUCGGCGCCACCAUGGGAGACGCUCCUGAUUCUGGAAUGGACGCCGUCCAGAAGCGCCUCAUGUUCGAGGACGAGUGCAUUUUAGUUGACGAGAAUGAUCGUGUUGUUGGUCAUGAAUCAAAGUAUAAUUGUCACUUGAUGGAAAAUAUCGAAUCCAAAAACUGGCUGCAUCGAGCUUUUAGCGUCUUUUUAUUCAACUCCAAAUAUGAAUUGCUUCUUCAGCAACGAUCUGCGACAAAGGUGACGUUUCCGCUUGUGUGGACGAACACUUGCUGCAGCCACCCAUUGUAUAGAGAAUCUGAACUAAUUGAAGAGAAUGCCCUUGGUGCAAGGAAUGCUGCACAGAGGAAGCUUUUGGACGAACUCGGUAUUCCUGCCGAAGAUGUCCCAGUCGACCAGUUCACCCCCCUCGGUCGUAUGCUAUACAAGGCCCCCUCUGAUGGCAAAUGGGGCGAGCACGAAUUGGAUUAUCUGUUGUUCAUUGUGCGAGAUGUGAAUGUGAACCCGAACCCAGACGAGGUGGCGGAUGUGAAGUACGUGAACAAGGAGGAGUUGAAGGAGCUGCUGAGAAAAGCAGAUGCCGGAGAAGAAGGGCUGAAGCUAUCACCAUGGUUCAGGCUUGUUGUGGACAAUUUUCUGUUCAAAUGGUGGGAUCAUGUGGAGAAGGGAACUCUCAAGGAAGCUGCUGACAUGGAAACUAUUCACAAGUUGACUUGAAAAAAAAAAAAAAAAAUCCCAUCCUUAUUUGGGUGAACAAAUCCCUUCUUUGUGUUAGUUUCUGAAACCCUGUCUUUGUCUCAGCUUAAAUUUCCAAUAAUAUCUGGACUUUUUAUGGUUA